AUGAGGAGGAAUUGCGAUCUCGAACUCCGACUUGUUCCCUUCUCUGAUUCCGACCACCACCGCCAACCCAUAAUGGAGGAGUCAACCGAUAGCCCGCAGCAGCUUACUAUUUUCUACAACGGAACGGUUUGCGUUUGUGAUGUUACAGAGUUGCAGGCCAGAGCCAUCCUAACGUUGGCCGGCCGGGAGAUGGAGGAUAAAUCGAGAUCCCCUGAAGGAUCGCAACCUACUUCACCAACUUUGCCAUCUCAGCUGUGUAGCCGUACGGGCCUUUCCAUGAAGAGAUCAUUACAGCGGUUUCUCCAGAAACGAAAACAUCGAAUCCAAGCAACGUCUCCAUACAAAUCAGUAACCGGCAACUAUUCAGGAAUUGGUGGGAUUAAAGAGAUUAAUAGUAGGAAUCUUUGUAAUUAA